GCUCGAGGCUGGCGGCAGCUUCUGAGUCGAAGCAUAAUUGCCAUGCUUCCGCCAUUCAAUUUUCUCACACUUCAUUAUGUGUACUUUAUUGCGACGUCCUUGAUAUGCAGCGUCAUAUUCUGGGGUUCCUCGACCCCGCGGCGCAGUGUUUCAUACACAGACUCUUUAUUUCUGUGUAUCAGUGCUAUGACGGGUGCUGGAUUGAAUACCGUCGACCUUUCUUCCCUGAAUUCGUUCCAACAGUCUAUUCUCUUCGCACUCUUACUGUUGGGCCAUGCUAUUCUCAUCUCGAUUACGGUGCUUUUCGUCAGGAUGGGCGCGUUUCAAGCCAAAUUCAAGGGCAUCUCACUUGAACGUGCGCGUAAAGCAUUCGAGCAACAAGGUAUCCUACCUGGACGUGCCCAUAAAGCGGAGCAUCAAGACAUUCCACUUGAAUGUGCCCGUGAAGCAUUAGGGCAACAACUAGUAGGAGACGACACGAAGGCCUACGAUCAUCAGCCUCAAUCGACCUCACUUGAACCAAUUUUGGAACACUAUCAGCUGGCCAAAAUUGACGGUGCUACUGUUGACGUCAAGCACGCGGUGACAGCCGGAGCUGCACCUGCGGAAAACUGCGACAGCGUACGAAUUGACGACCAGAUACAAUGGGUCGACGAUGAUCAAGUCACCCUCAGCCAUAUGAGGGCACGUCAGAAGCACCAUCACCACCGCGUUUUCCCCAUGGUAGGCGUUGGGGCCCGUCUUGACUUGAAUAACCAUCCCCGAGAUGCUGCACCAAUAAUGACUCAGAAUGAUGAAGAAGCAGAGCUACCUGCGCUCAAAGGCCUUAUCAAGGGCACACAGAAGUAUUUCAGAUCGAAAGGAUCUAUCGCACGAAACUCCCAGUUUCAUGGGCUUACCCCUGAAGAGCGAGAGAGACUGGGAGGUGUCGAGUAUAAGGCUGUUUCCUUACUGCUGGUCAUUGUUGCCCUCUACUGGGUCCUGUUCCUCCUUUGUGGUAUCAUUGGGAUGGGUACCUGGAUUGCAGUGAAUCAUCCAGAUAUACCUCGAGCAAACGGCCUAUCGCCUUUCUGGACAGGCGCAUUCUUUGCCGCGUCCGCAUUUGUGAACAGCGGUAUGUCGCUCUUGGAUGCGAAUAUGACUGCAUUCCAGACAAAUGCGUACCCUUUGCUUACCAUGGCAUUCUUGAUUCUAUCUGGCAACACGCUCUACCCAUGCUUUUUGCGGUUUAUUAUCUGGGCAAUGAGAUGCGUGAUCCCGGAUAAGCCGUCAUGGGCGACCUGGAAGGUUACCCUAGACUUCAUCCUUGACCAUCCCAGAAGAGUUUAUACAAAUCUCUUCCCAAGGAGACAUACGUGGUACUUGCUCGGUACCAUUGUCAUUCUAAAUGCGAUUGAUUGGGCUGGCUUUGAAGUCCUCUCAAUCGGGAACAAGGAGAUCGAAAGCUUGCCGACGGGCUAUCGGGUCCUAGACGGACUGUUCCAGGCUUGUGCUGUACGAGCGGGAGGCUUCUACGUCGUCACGAUUGCGAAUCUCCGCCAAGGACUACUUGUUCUAUAUGUUCUCAUGAUGUAUGUUUCGGCAUACCCAGUGCUAGUCACCAUGAGAAACACAAACGUAUACGAAGAGCGCUCCCUCGGAAUCUACGCCCACGACAACACAGACGACGAGACCGAAGAAAAAGCCUCCCCGAACAUGUUCAUCCAACUGGUUCGACACCACCUUCUCGGGCGCCAAGAUGCAUCCACCCCCGAAGCAUCCCGCAGUUACUUCGUCCACCAGCAACUGCGCUCCCAAUUGAGCCAUGACCUUUGGUGGAUCGCCCUCGCGGUCUUCCUCAUUGCCAUCGCAGAAUCAGGCAAUUACAGCCGCAUGCCCGUGGCAUACUCGACCCUGAACAUCAUUUUCGAGGUCGUCUCCGCCUACGGUUGCGUCGGCAUCAGUGUGGGCUUUCCGAGCUCGAAUGCCUCGUUCUGUUUCUCGUGGCAUACCAUUAGCAAGCUUAUCUUAGCGGCUGUUAUGCUGCGCGGUCGCCAUAGGGGUCUCCCGGUCGCUAUUGAUCGCGCUGUUAUGCUGCCGAACCAGUCCCUUGAGUGGGCCGAGGAGGAAGAUGCUGCUAUGAGACGUGAGCAGUCUCGUGCUUGGGGGAGUGAUAAGAUGCCUAUAGGUUCGGUUUAAGUGCUCGCUCACUUUGGAGGGUUUGGUUCAUGAAUAUUUGUGUGGGGUUGUAUGUUGAAGGUGAUGUUACAAAAGAGGUGUAGUAAGAUGUGGUGUGGUUGGUGCAGUGAUUCUUUUUUGUUUCUUCCGAUCUGUUAUUGUUCUUGUGAUUAUCCUGUUUGUGAUUUUGUUUGUGAUUUUUUGUGAUUUCAGUCUAGUUCUAAAUUAUACAUUAUGCGUUCAAUCAAGUUAUUGCACAU